AUGGCCAGCCCGAUUGCCCUGCGUCACCAUACCGGGUGUCUGUCGCGAAGGAGCGCAAAUCUCACUGCUGUCGCGUUAUCAAUUUCCCGCCCGCGACAGGCCGCCUUCUCAACCACAGCCCGUCAAUGCAAACGCAAGACCAGAGACAGCAACAAAGGUCGCGGCGUGAGCAGCUUGUACGGGUCGGGGCCCCGGGAACACCUGUCCAUGUCCGACAUUCCUUUACCCAAGCCUCGCGACUUCCAACCGAAGAUAGCCGUUGACCAAGACCACGGUCUGUGGGGGUUCUUCCCUGAGCCGGGCAAGGCGCUGUGGGCUCCCCACGAGACCGAGGAGCACGGAAGGGCAUGGACGGUCGAAGAGCUCAGAAAGAAAUCAUGGGAAGAUCUGCACUCGCUGUGGUGGGUAUGCUGCAAAGAGAGGAACUUGCUGGCCACGUCCAAGGCCGAGUUGGCGCGAGGCAAGCUCGGAUUCGGCGAGAGAGAGAUUGAUACAAGAAACGAGGAGGUCACGAAGACGAUGAGGGCGAUCAAACAUGCCCUGACAGAGCGAUGCUAUACCUGGCAAGACGCCGUUGAGGUGGCUGCGUCGGAUCCCGAGAUCGACCUGGAUGCCGAGGAUGGACAGGUUUACAAGCCGGGCGCCUACGAGAACGAUGUUGAAACAGAAGCAAAUCUGACCGACAACGUCAGAGACGCGCCCCCCGCGCAUGAACCUCCCAAGGCCGAGAAAGAUGUUUGUCGAUAG